UUAAUACCGAUUGGCGUCUCUUAUUUCACUCUUCCUAUCCACGACACAAUGGAUCUCUCUGUUCCACACCGCUGUGUUGUACACAGUAGUUCAUCUUGUUGCUCUUCUCAGCUACUCAAACCUAGGUUUCAACUUGUCCCCACGCCCAACCAAAUUAAGCACCCUCUCGUUUCAAUCAAUCAACGAUAUAAGUUUUACCCAAUGGAGGUGCAGAGAACAACAGGCUGUAGCGCCUCUUCUCUCCUCAAUGACCAUGGCUCUCCGAUAACGGCUGAUCCUCCUGUCGACACUGUUCGAGAUCGAAUUGGGUCGGUGAAAAGGGUUACGAAUGAAACGAAUGUGUUUGUGGAAUUAAACUUGGAUGGUGUUGGUUCACCUGACAGCAGCACUGGAAUUCCAUUUCUUGAUCACAUGUUAGAUCAACUUGCUUCCCAUGGGUUGUUCGACGUGCAUGUGAAGGCUGUUGGUGAUACUCACAUUGAUGACCAUCAUACUAAUGAAGAUGUAGCCCUUGCCAUUGGAACGGCAUUGCUUGGUGCGCUUGGUGAUAGGAAAGGAAUUAACAGGUUUGGUGACUUCACAGCUCCACUUGAUGAAGCACUGGUACAUGUUGCUCUGGAUUUAUCUGGACGGCCACACUUAAAUUAUGACUUGCACAUUCCUACCGAGAGAGUUGGAACAUAUGACACACAGCUUGUGGAGCACUUUUUCCAGUCGUUGGUCAAUACAUCUGGAAUGACACUUCACAUCCGGCAGCUUGCUGGGAAAAAUUCUCACCAUAUAAUCGAGGCAACAUUCAAGGCAUUUGCAAGAGCUCUUAGACAAGCAACAGAAUAUGACCCACGACGUCGUGGGACUGUGCCAAGCUCAAAAGGGGUGUUAUCCCGUUCCUGAAAAAACACGCUUUGUGGAUUGUAGUAACUAAAAUGGAUUUUGUUUUUGGUCUUGAUCCAAACCUGUUAUAUCUAUCAAGCAAAAGAGAACAUUGUUGUUAUACAUCACAAACAUAUUCCAUGUUUCCAAAUGUUGCAGGGGGGAGAUAUCAAUGUAAAAGAGACUCGAGAGUCAUAACUCAUGUUAUGAAUCAAGUUCUUGUGGUGUCACUACUUUUAUGGAGGAUUUUCAAGCUAAAAUUGUUACUUUGGCCGAGUGUACGUUCUUGUUAUUUUUGCUAUUAUUGAAUAGUAAGCUAUACAAAGAAUCGAUUUUGCAACA